GCAAACAAAAGGCUGGGAGGAAGGAAACUGUUGCAGGGUAGUAGUACCUUGAAGAAGAAUAUGAUGGAAGAAGAAGAAGAAGAAGUUGUGAAUGGAAAAACUUCAAAGAUUUCAGGAAAGGAUAAGAAUACUUCGAAGAAGCCACUUGGAACUUUACAGAAGUACAUGAAUGAUCAGAAAAGUAGUAAUCUGUUGGAACCAAAGGCAUUGAAUUCAGUACCUUCGGAUGGAAAGCAAAAUCCUGGGAGUGAGAUAGCUGAUCUCCCACACACCAUGGCCAGCCAACUCAAAUCCCAAGACUCUGAGGCAGUUAUAAACUGUGGCAGGUUGGAAUGUUCUUCAAGUUCAAGGAAAAUAGUGUCACCAGAAUUCCACAAAACUGAAUCCAAAAAGCUUCUUGAGGUUGCUAGUAAUAUAGUGAGCUUGAUCCAAAAGGAUUACUCUGGGAUGAGUAGGCCUCGUUGCAACCCUCCUAUCAACAAUCAUCAGCCUUCGCGCCAAAGUGUGAAACCAUAGA